AAAAGAGAGGGAGAGCCACAGAGCUGAGAUAAAAGUAAAGAGGACAGAGAGAGCAGGGCAGCAGAGACCCACGAUUCCAACAGAGACAGAAACAAGAAGAAGGAGAAGAAGAAGAAGUGGAGGAGCAACAGGUCAGCAGAGAGGAGGAGGAGGAGGAGGAGAAGGAGGAAGCCUACAGACUCUUUCUUUGUAUUUGGUUUCAAACUUCCUGGAUUGUGUGUGAGCGUGUGCUGUGGGGAGGAAGAAGAGAGCAUGAGGAGGAGAGAGGCUUCCUUAGGCUGGGAGGGUUAGGAGAAGGAAGGAAGAAAGGAAGUUAGAGCAGAGCUGCCCCCCUCUCCACCUCCUCCUCCUGCACCUCCUCCUCCUCCUUCCUUCACUUUGUUUUGAAUGCUGCUGCUGCUGCUUCCUGGUGUGAGCUGAAGCAGAGCAGAGACACACGGCCGAUCUGCAGCUGCACGUCCGGUGAGGGCUGAGUGGAAGUGUUGCUGUCAGAAUGUCUCCGCCCGUCACAGCCCCACGCUGACCUCCGACCUGCUCCGCCUGUGAGAGGAGCAGCCCGCCAGCUCAAAGGGAGGGAGGGCAUGGAUCAGCAGCCGGAGGAGGAGCAGCAGGAUGGAGGAGAGGGGCCCUUCACCUCCACCUCAGCGGCCUCCUCCACCUCCUCCUCCACCUCCAACUUGUCCCCCCCAGCCUCCAAUGCUGAGCUGCCCUCCGUCACCCCCGCACCCCGCUGCAACCAGAGCAGGACCUUCACCGGUCUGAGGAUCUUCUGCAGGAGGAAAGCUUUGGCGAAGUCUGGCCUGCAGAACGUGGGGACGCAGCCAAACGUGUUGACCUCCGGAGAGAGCGACCCUCUGCAGGAACCAAACAGCAAUGUGGACUGGAGUGAUAAUGCUCAGUUCGGGGACCACAUCUGGUUUGAGACCAGCGGCUCUGGAGACUUCUGUUACGUUGGAGAGCAAUACUGCAUCGCUAAGUCACUGCAAAAGUCGGUGGCGAGGAAGAAAUGUGCUGGCUGUAAGAUCUCUGUUCACACCAUGUGUAUGGAGCAGCUGGAGAAGAUUAAUUUCAGGUGCAAGCCGUCGUUUAGGGAGCCAGGAUCCAGAGCUGUUCGAGAGCCCAACAUGGUGCGACACCACUGGGUCCACAGGAGGCGUCAGACAGGGAAGUGUCGACAGUGUGGGAAGGGAUUCCAACAGAAGUUUUCAUUUCACAGCAAAGAGAUUGUCGCCAUCAGCUGCUCGUGGUGCAAACAGGCCUACCACAACAAGGUGACGUGCUUCAUGCUGCAGCAGAUCGAGGAGUGCUGCUCUCUUGGAGCUCACGCCGUCAUCAUCCCUCCUACCUGGAUCAUCAGAGUCCGCAGAACACAGACGUCUCUAAAGUCGAGUAAAAAGAAGAAAAGGACGUCGCUGAAAUGCAACAAGUCAAGCAAGAAGGGAGCAGAGGUCCAAGAUGGCCGCUGGAAGCCCUUCCUGUUGAAGCCCCUCCCCUCUCAGCUCAUGAAGCCUCUGCUGGUGUUUGUUAACCCAAAGAGUGGAGGGAACCAGGGAGCGAAGAUCAUCCAGUCCUUCAUGUGGUACCUGAACCCUCGACAGGUGUUUGACCUGACGAAGGGAGGACCCAAAGAGGGGUUGGAGCUGUAUGCCAAAGUGCCCAACCUGAGGAUCCUGGCCUGUGGGGGAGACGGGACGGUGGGCUGGAUCUUGUCAGUGUUGGACCAGUUGAAGCUCCGCCCUCAGCCCCCCGUGGGAAUCCUUCCUCUGGGGACGGGGAACGACCUCGCCAGGACCUUGAACUGGGGAGGGGGUUACACUGAUGAACCGAUCACAAAGAUCCUCUCUCACGUCGAAGACGGAAACAUCGUCCAGCUGGACCGUUGGAACCUGAACGGGGCAAACCCUGAGGCUCGACCGGAGGACCAGGACGAACACCAGACAGACAAGCUUCCCAUCGACGUCUUCAACAACUACUUCAGUCUGGGCUUCGAUGCUCACGUCACACUGGGCUUCCAUGAAUCCAGAGAGGCAAAUCCAGAGAAGUUCAACAGUCGCUUCAGGAACAAGAUGUUCUACGCAGGGACAGCCUUCUCAGAUUUCCUCAGCGGGAGUUCCAAAGACCUCGCCAAGCACAUCAAAGUGGUGUGUGACGGGACAGAUCUGACUGCCAAAGUCCAGGAGAUGAAGCUUCAGUGUCUCCUCUUCCUCAACAUCCCCAGGUACUGUGCUGGCACGACGCCGUGGGGUCAUCCUAGUGAGCACCAGGACUUUGAACCUCAGCGCCAUGACGACGGCUGCAUUGAGGUCAUCGGAUUCACCAUGACCAGUCUGGCCACGCUGCAGGUGAGUCACGGCGAGCGUCUCCAUCAGUGUAAAGAGGUGACCCUCACCACCUUAAGUCCAUCCCCAUGCAGGUGGACGGGGAGCCGUUAAACUGGCCCCUCCAUCAUCAACAUCAACCUGAGGAACCAAGCCAACAUGGUGCAGAAGGCCAAGAGGAUCUCCAUGCCUCACCUGAACGACCAGCAGCCCGUCCCUGAGAAGCUGCAGAUCAGGAACAGGAUCAGCAUGGCGGCGUAUGAAGCUCUGCACUAUACAAAGACCAGCUGAAGAUCUGCAGCAACACCGCUUGGUGUGAUCACCGUCCCUGGAGACAGCGACCUGGAGACCUGCCGCUUACUGAUCGAACGUCUCCAUGACGACCUGGACCAGGAGAUAAAGGGAGAGUGUGUGACCUCUCAGAGACUCUCCAUGAAGUGGUGUUUCCUCGACUGUACGACUGCAGACCGUUUCUACAGGAUCGACCGUGCUCAGGAACACUUGAACUACGUGACGGAGAUCUCUCAAGACGAGCUCUACAUCCUGGACCCGGAGCUGGUCGCCAAGGAGACGGUGGGCACGUCCCCUGGGAUGCCCGACCUGGUGGACUCUGAGGGACACCAAGAGCAGCAGAGACAGUUUGCCUUCCCCUGCUCCGUCCUCCCCACCUCCUCCACCACGCCCACCACGUCCACCACGCCCAGAGUGAGAGAGUUUCAGAGGAAGAGGAUCUCCAGUGACAGCUCUGUGGCCGACGCUCUGUCUGAGAGCUCCUCAAAGACUGCCCUCUGCAGGAGAGGAGCAAAGAUCAUAAAUGUUCAUCGCUCCAACACAACGCUCGCUAAUUUCAGACCCAUCAUUAGUCCUUCCAGUGCUACCUCACACGACCCUGAAAAAGAUGCAGAAUUAAUAAACUGCAUUAAGACUGAAGACCUGAACAGACUGACGGAGCUCCACCAACAGGGGGCGGACCUCCUUCUGCAGGACCCUGCCGGCUGCACACUGCUGCAUCACGCUGUGGAGGCCGGCAGCAAAGACAUCCUCAAGUACCUCGUCGACAACGUUCCCACUUCUCAUCUGGACGUAACAGAGAGAGAGACAGGUGAAACGGCGCUCCAUAAAGCUGCCUCCUCCUGUCAGAGGAGCAUCUGUCACUAUUUGGUGGAGGCCGGGGCGUCGCUCAUGAAGACAGACCUGCAGGGUGAAACUCCCAAACAGUGUGCCGAGAAGGCCGAUGACCAGGAACUGUCUGAAUAUCUGGAGAACCGCCAACAUUACCAGAUGAUCCAGAGAGAAGACCAGGAGACGGCGGUCUAGAGUCCCCCCUGUCCGUCCACACCUUCUGUCUGUCUCUGGCUUUCAUUUCAGCGACAUCUGUUCCCCUCACAAGUUUGCUUUGAUCUCCAUCAGAUAGGGAUUCUUCCACGAUGAAGGUAGAUACACUAACACGAGUAAUCCAGCACACAUCAGGAUCGUUCAGAUUGACUUUAAAGUUUUUCUCAUUGUUCAAGUGAAGACGACCUGAAGAAGCAACCAUGCGAGACGUGUUGUUCUAUGUUUUAUAUGCAUUCAAACUUUGAAGUCAAUCUGAACAUUCCUGAUGUGCGCUGGAUGACUCUGAUCUUAAAGCCUCUAGCUGAACCCCGGAUCAGAAGCACGGGAACCAAAACCAUCGAUCCUCAAACUCUGGAUUAUUUUCACUUUAAUCCCCAAGCUGCUUUCUUCGACCGGAGAUGACGCUUGUCAUGCUGUGGACGAAGUCUAGUUUGUGGUCUUUUUUUUUUUUCUUUUAAAGCCUCAGUCCUCUGCUGGAGUCCAAACUAAAGAACAUAAAACCCUCUGGACACUAACGUGAUUCAAACUUCUCUUCAGGCCACAGAGACUCUCAGAUCUCCUUCAAACUGCUUUUUGAAUGUGUCUUUAUCGACUGGACAUCAGCGCCCUGACCUCUGUGUUCAUGACAAAGACGUGUGAACACAAAGUGCUGCUGGAGUGAAACAACAGCAGCUUUGAGCAAACAGGGACUGUAUUCAUGCGUCUGCAGCUGAACACCAUGGAACUAGAAGCUUCUGCCAUAUCAGAUAGAGCGGCUGCAAAAACGUGUCUUCUUACGAGCUUAUAGUGACCUUUUGGAUGUAUUUGUUUACUCAGCAGAAAUAAGUGUUUGUUCAGACUUUGGAUAUUUAACUAAGACACAUGAAUUUAUCUAUUUAUGAAUUAUUUGUAGAGAUAAAAACAAGUUUCACUUGUGAUUAAACAGAGAAGCGAGUUGUCCUCUGCAUCAGUCUGAAUUUUAGAUAUUUCAGUCAAUAUAUGACAAUUUUUUGUAAUGUUUUUGUCUGUUACAUAACUUAAACGCUGUCAGCAGGAUGCUUUCCUUGUGAUGUGUAUCGACUGUAUAAAUAGCUGAGAUGUGUUGGACACAAGCUGAAGCCUGAUUCUGCCAAAGCGGCCUAGUCUGUAUUAAUUAUAAUAACAUAGCCUUCAGAGUGGCAUUGUACUGUCUGAUAUCAGAGUAAUAACUCUUUUUGUCUGGUUUGAUCAUUUCCGAGUGACCUGCAAUAAAGCAUGUCAGUUACAGCUUC